UUGUUUUGUGAAUGCGAGGAGGGGAAUAUUUUUACAAAUCUGCUCCGUUACACGAAAAAAGAAAAGAUUAUUAUUAUUUAAUUAUUUUCGGCAGCCGCCAGCAGCAACAACAAAAGCCGCAACGUUUAUUAAGAUUUACUGGAUUAAAAAAGGAAGAAGAAAAAAGAGAAAAUAAUUCUAAAUUGUCAUCGUCGCCUUUAUUUAUUGGCGACAAUCUUCAAAAUACAACAACGCCGAGAACAACUUCAACCCCCCACACAACUUCCCCUCCUUCCCCUUCUUCUUCUACAACAACAAACACCCCUUCCUCUACCCCUUUAUCUGCUAAUAAAAAAUCUUCUUUAAAUUUCCGGCAAAGAUGGCCACACAAAUUUACUUCUUUAAGUUUAUUUGGAAGCGGAAAUAAAUCGAGAAAAACAUCAAAUAAUUUAACAGAAAAUAAUAAAGAAAAAAAUUCUAGUAAUUUAAAUAAUUUAAACGAUUCUACAGCAAAACAUCGGUCAUUACCUCCACCUUCAACUGUAUUAAGGGAAGCUACACCAAUUGAAGAUAUUACAUGUGAAGGAAGAAAAAAUGAUGAAGAAGAGGAGGAGAGAGGGGAGGAAGAAAAAGGAAAAUCAGAAUUAAUUUGUUGUUCUUCAGAAGAAAUCCCUUCCCCUUCCCCUUCCUCACAACAACAACCAACAGCAACAAUUAAUACUUCACUUAAAGAAGAAGAAGAGUCAUCUCUUUCUUCACCUCCUUCCCAACAACAACAAAAUACCUCUCAACAACAACAAAAACCUUCAGAAUUUAGUCCAAUCUCUCAAAGAGUUCCUCCCCCUCAAAGAGCAUUUUUUGGUGGAAGAUGGCCAACAAGUGGAGGGAAUACUUCUUGGUAUUGUGAAUCACCUAGACAACAUUCUGGCUCUUUAAUGAGAAGUAGAUUACAGCCAUCUGUUUCCGGUGGUUUUCCUCAACAGUCAAUGCUUCAAGUCAGAAGAGAAAGUUUUUUGUAUAGAGGAGGGGGAGGGGAUGAUACAACAACAACAAAUAAUUCUUCACCUUUUUAUGGAAAUAGAUUUGGGGGAGGAGGGAGAACAACAGAUGAUACAACAUCUUUGGCUAGACCGGCAUCUAGAGCUAGUUCUGUUACGAGUAGUGAACAGCAUAAUGACUCAUUUGAUAUUGUCACACCUUUUGCUCAGUUAUUAUCUUCUUUACACAAUGUCCGUGCUAAUCUUAUUGCAAUUGCACAAAUUCCCCAACCAGAAGGCCAACAACAACAAUCCCAGCCCCAACAAAGGCAUAGUGGAAGGCGUAGUGGAGGGCAGACAUCUUUAUUGGUUUGGCCUCCCGGAGGUUCUCCUUUACCCGAAACUGUCCAGCAAUGUGGACAAGAAACACUUGAAGAAUUGGAUUGGUGUUUAGAGCAAUUGGAGACUAUUCAAGUAUAUCGUUCUGUGACAGAAAUGGCUUCUUCUAAAUUUCGAAAAUUAUUAAAUAGAGAAUUGACUCAUUUCGCAGAAAGUUCAAAAUCUGGACCUCAAAUUAGUCGAUUUCUACUUAACACUUAUAUGGAACAAGAAGAGGCACAGGAAGAGGGUCAAAAAAUGGAACAAAAGCCAAGUACUUCUUCAAUUCCUUCCAAACCCCUACCUCCAAUGGUUGCUGUCGCUGGACAUGCUUCUUUAUUUAAUAAAGCCAAAACGGCAGCAAUGUCCAGAAUUUCUGGAGUUCAAAGACUAAGAAGUAGCCAAUUUGGACCUCACCAUGGAUGCCCUCCCGAAUUUGGAGUUCCCUGCAAAAAAGAAAUUGAAGUUUAUAUGCAAAGGAUAAAUGAUUGGGGAGUUAAUAUCUUCAAAAUGCAUGAGUUAUCAAAACAACAUUCACUAACAUCAGUUACCUACACUUUAUUGAGAGAAAGGAAAAUGUUAUUUAAAUUUGAAAUUCCUGCAAGCACUUUAGUUAAUUAUUUACUACAUUUAGAACAUCAUUAUCGUAGUAAUCCAUAUCAUAAUCAAAUACAUGGAGCUGAUGUUGCACAAUCUAUAAGCGUGCUAAUUUCCUCACCAGCAUUAGAAGGUGUUUUCUCAGAUUUGGAAGUUUUGGCAGCUAUUUUUGCUUCAGCAAUCCACGAUGUUGAUCACCCAGGCUUUACUAACCAAUAUUUAAUUAACACACAAAGUGAACUGGCAAUUAUGUAUAAUGAUGAAUCUGUGCUUGAACAGCAUCAUUUGGCUGUAGCUUUUAAAUUACUUCAAGACAGGGAUUGCGACUUUUUGCAGGGACUUACAAGAAAACAAAGUCAAAGUUUUAGAAAAAUGGUGAUAGAAAUGGUGUUAGCUACUGAUAUGUCCAAACAUAUGAGUUUAUUGGCUGAUUUAAAAACAAUGGUUGAGGCUAAAAAAGUUUCGGGAACAGAUACUCUUUUAGACAAAUAUCAAGACAGAAUACAGGUUCUUCGUUCUGCUAUUCAUUUAGCUGAUUUAUCAAAUCCUGCAAAGCCAAUUGAUAUUUAUAGGCAGUGGAAUGAAAGAAUUUUGGAAGAAUAUUGGAGACAGGGAGACAGAGAAAAACAACUUGGACUUGAAGUCAGUCCAAUGUGUGAUAGAGGUAAUGUAACUGUAGAAAAAUCUCAAGUUGGAUUUAUUGACUAUAUUGUCCACCCAUUAUUUGAAACUUGGGCAGAAUUAGUACAUCCAGAUGCUAAUUCAAUAUUGGAUCAAUUGGAAGAAAAUAGACAAUGGUAUUUAGCUAGAAUGGAAGAAGAAGAAGAGGAGGGAGAAAAUGGGGGAGGAGAAGGAGGAGAAGAAAAAAUAAUUUUAAAAGAAAAGCCUCCAUUACCUCAACAACAACAACCAUUUUUUCUAAGUAAAGAAAGAGCAGCAAUGAGACAAACACAACCACCAGAAAGUUGUUUUAGUUCAAUUAGUAGAAGUUCAAGUAAAAUAUCUAAUCCUCCACGUCCACGUGCUGCAACUACAACUGCUGUUAUAUUACCCGAAACUGCUGAUAUUAAUAUUAGUGAUCAAAGGCAUUAA